GCCAAUGGCCGGGGUAGUAGGGGGCGGGGUCUGGUUUGUGCGGCUGGGGUGAAUGGAGCUGAGCUUAGUGUGGGCUGCGAGGCGGGACUCGUUAGUACAAAGGAUGGGUCCCGGGGACUUUGUAUUGGAGUAGCGGGGACGCGCACUGGAGGAGGGGGGGACACCCGAUAUUUCGGGGUUGGAGUACCGGGAAGAUGGGGAACGCGGAGAGCGCCGGAGGGACCCCGGGUACCGCGCUGCUGCCGCUAAAAGUCCCGAUGCCGGAGCCGGGAGAGUUGGAGGAAAGAUUCGCCAUGGUCCUGAGCUCCAUGAACCUUCCUCCGGAUAAGGCCCGGCUCCUGCGACAGUAUGAUAACGAAAAGAAGUGGGAUCUUAUCUGUGACCAGGAGCGCUUUCAAGUGAAAAAUCCUCCACAUACUUACAUCCAGAAACUGCAGUCCUUUUUAGACCCUGCUGUCACACGAAAGAAAUUUAGAAGGCGAGUACAAGAAUCCACUAAAGUUCUGCGUGAGCUGGAAAUCUCUCUCCGGACCAAUCAUAUUGGGUGGGUCCGGGAGUUUCUGAACCAUGACAACAAAGGCCUGGACGUGCUGGUGGAGUAUCUCUCUUUUGCACAGUGCGCAGUCAUGUUUGAUUUUGAGGGCCUGGAAAAUGGGGAGGAUUGCUUGGUAGAAAAGUCCAAACCAUGGAGCAGAUCCAUCGAGGAUCUGCAGCAUCCCAACUCCCUGCCUACCCCUUUCGCCAACGGCCUCGCUCGCUCUGCCCGCCAGUCUGUGCUCCGCAGUUACAACACUUUACCUGGCAAAAAGGCUCUGAAGAACUCAAGGCUGGUCAGCCAAAAAGAUGAUGUCCAUGUGUGCAUCAUGUGCCUCAGGGCUAUCAUGAACUAUCAGUAUGGCUUCAACUUAGUAAUGUCCCAUCCUCAUGCCGUGAAUGAAAUUGCUCUCAGUUUAAACAACAAGAAUCCAAGAACCAAAGCUUUAGUACUGGAACUCUUGGCUGCUGUGUGCUUGGUCCGAGGAGGCCAUGAAAUCAUUUUAUCGGCUUUUGACAACUUCAAAGAGGUCUGCAAGGAAACGCAUCGUUUUGAGAAACUCAUGGAGUAUUUCAGAAAUGAAGACAGCAAUAUUGACUUCAUGGUUGCUUGCAUGCAGUUUAUUAACAUCGUUGUUCACUCAGUGGAGGAUAUGAAUUUUCGUGUCCAUCUGCAGUUUGAGUUUACAAAGUUGGGCCUUGAAGAUUUUUUGGAGAAGGCUAAGCACACGGAAAGCGAGAAGCUGCUGGUGCAGAUCCAGGCUUAUCUGGACAAUGUGUUUGAUGUCGGUGGCUUGCUAGAAGAUGCUGAGACCAAGAACGUUGCACUUGAGAAGGUGGAGGAAUUGGAGGAACAAUUGUCCCAUAUGACUGAAAAGUUACUGGACCUGGAAAAUGAGAACAUAAUGCGGGUGGCAGAAUUGGAAAAAACACUUCUACACAGGGAAAAGGAACUGGCAGUUCUCAAGGAAACUUAUGAGAAUGCAAAUCAUCAGAUGCACACACUAAGGAGAAUUAUCAAGGAGAAGGAAGAGGCAUUUCAGCAUCUCCGUCAGCUGGAGCAGACCAAUGCUUCCCAGCCUGCUGGGACUGUACUUGCAAUUCCAGCUCCCCCCAGUGGAGAAAUUUAUUUGUCUGCUGAACUUCUACCACCUCCUGCCUCUGUUCCUGCGCCCCCCCCACCACCCCCUCCACCUCCACCCCCUCCACCACCACCACCGCCACCUCCUCCAAUGCCAAGCAAGUGCCCUCCUCCACCACCAUUACCAUCCUCUUCACCAUCUGUAAUCCUUACCACCGGCUUAUCAGCAAUCCGAAUUAAAAAACCAAUCAAAACUAAGUUCCGACUUCCGGUGUUCAACUGGACGGCGCUGAAGCCCAAUCAGAUCAGUGGAACUGUGUUCAGCGACCUUGAUGAUGAGCGGAUAUUGCAGGAUUUGGAUAUGGAUAAGUUUGAAGACCUCUUUAAGACAAAAGCACAAGGACCUGCAGUAGACGUAACCUGCUCCAAAACCAAGACAUCACAGAAAUCUGUCAGCAAAGUGACUCUUCUUGAAGCAAACCGAGCCAAAAACCUUGCUAUCACCCUACGGAAAGCUGGAAGGACCACAGAGGAGAUCUGCAAAGCCAUCCAAACGUUUGACUUGCGAACGCUCCCUGUGGACUUUGUGGAGUGUCUGGUGCGUUUUCUACCCACAGAAGCAGAGGUGAAGAUGCUGCGUCAGUAUGAGAGGGAGCGUAAGCCUCUAGAGGACUUGUCUAAUGAGGACCGUUUCAUGAUGCUCUUCAGUAAAGUGGAACGUCUCUCCCAGCGCAUGUCCAUAAUGACCUUCUUAGGCAACUUCAACGAGAACCUGCAGCUGCUUACCCCGCAACUUAAUGCUGUGAUAGCGGCAUCUGUGUCUAUAAAGUCGUCCCCAAAGCUAAAGCAAAUGCUUGAAAUUAUACUUGCUUUGGGUAAUUAUAUGAACAGCAGCAAAAGAGGGUCUGUGUAUGGCUUCAAACUGCAGAGCUUGGAUCUGCUCCAAGACACAAAAUCAACUGACCGAAAGCUCACACUCCUUAAUUAUAUUGCAAUAAUAGCCAAGGAGAAAUAUUCAGAAGUGGCCACUUUCUAUAAUGAACUUCAUUUUGUGGAAAAAGCAGCAGCAGUGUCUUUGGAGAAUGUCCUCCUGGAUGUGAAGGAGUUGGGUAAAGGAAUGGAUCUGAUCCGGAAAGAAAGCCAUCACCAUGACAACUCUGUGCUAAGGAACUUUGUGAGCUCAAAUGAAGGAAAACUAGACAAACUUCAGAAAGAUGCCCGAACUGUCGAGGAAGCAUAUGCAGCUGUGGUGCUCUAUUUUGGAGAAAAUCCAAAGACAACUCCGCCUUCUGUUUUCUUUCCUGUAUUUGCACGUUUCAUCAAAUCAUACAAGGAAGCUGAGCUGGAGAAUGAGAUGCGCAAGAAGCAAGAAGAGGUUCUACGAGAGAAGAUGCUAGCACAAGAAGCAAAGAAAUUGGACCCCAAGUCCCCAACGCAGAAAAAUAAACGGCAGCAGCAUGACCUGAUUGCAGAGCUGCGCAGAAGGCAGGCGAAAGAUCACCGGCCCGUUUAUGAAGGGAAGGAUGGAACUAUCGAGGACAUUAUCACAGUCCUGAAGAGUGUCCCCUUCACAGCCAGAACAGCCAAGCGGGGCUCUCGGUUCUUCUGUGAUACAUCCCUCUUUGAGGAUUCAAACUGUUAAACCCCAGUGCCUUAACUCAUAUGGAAAGACCUCCGAAAUCAGCCGUUUAGGCGCGCAGAUGCCGUUCUCCGGAAUGCCUGGCGGAGGAUCUAGCACAUACAAGAGCAGAAGUCUUAUGGGCUUCAUUACCGUCUCAUCUUUGUGCCUUGAGCCUAUAAUUGAGAUG